AUGGCCACCCACCACGACGGUCUCCACAAGCUCGAAGGGCAAGUCGAAAGCGCUCUCGCGGGCGAAGCGGUCCAGAAUGGGUACGGGGAGCAAACCGCAAACCCCACCUCCAACACGCUCUCUCCUCACCUCUCCUCCGGCAAGGAGUCUGCGGGCACCACUGUCGCCGGAUCGCGCGAUCCGACCAUCAAGCACACCGACAGCGCCUCGACCCACUCGAACCGUACCGGACAUGACGAUCAUGCGCUCAGCAGCAACGAGAAGGCGUUGAGUGAUGGAGGCAAGGAGUCUCCUGCAGACGCGCCCGAAGAGGAGGACACUGGUCUUCUCCAUGGUCUCAAGCUGUACCUCGUCUUUGUCGCGCUCAUGCUUUCGGUCUUUAUGUUCGCCCUGGACCAGUCGAUCGUCGCUACCGCUAUCCCCGUCAUCGUCAGUGACUUCAAGGCCUUUGACAGUGUAUCAUGGAUCAUCACCGCCUACUUCCUCACCCAAUGCGGUCUCAUCCUCCUCGUCGGUCAACUCCUCUCGACCACCAAGGCCAAAUGGGUCCUGCUCGCUUCGGUCUUUUUCUUUGAGCUGGGCUCCGUGCUCUGCGCUGUCGCCGUCAACAUGGAGAUGCUCAUCUUCGCUCGUGCUGUUCAGGGUAUCGGAUCUGCUGGGAUGUUUGUCGCAUUGCUCGCUGUCAUCGUCACCAUCACCACCCUCAAGCAACGACCUGCUUUCAUGGCUAUGUUCGGCUUUGUCUUUGUCAUCUCGUCUGUCGUUGGCCCGCUCCUGGGCGGUGUCUUCACUGAGCGUGUCACAUGGCGCCUCUGCUUCUGGAUCAACCUCCCCCUCGGUGCAGUCGCUGCCGCAGCCGUCAUCUUCCUCCUUCCCGCCCGCGAUUCGGUCCGCCACGGCGACCAAAAGGCAGGCUGGGCCGGAUUCAAGCAGCUCGACUUUAUCGGCGCUAUCCUGUCUUUGGCUUUCAUCACUUGCCUUCUUCUCGCUCUGCAGUGGGGCGGAAACAAUUACGCUUGGAGCAGCUGGCGGAUCAUCCUCCUUUUCGUCCUCGGAUUCGUCCUCUGCGGUGCCUUCUUUGCGUGGCAAUGGAAGCUCGACGAGCGCGCCCUCAUGCCCCUCUCCCUCCUUAAGAACCGGACUCAGCUCGCUUCGAUGGGCGCCAUGUUCAUGUUGAUGAUGGGCAUGCUGGGCGGAACUUAUCAGCUUCCUCUCUUCUACCAAGCUACCAGGGGCCGCACUCCUGAGCAGUCUGGGAUCGACAUCAUCCCCUUCAUGUUGGCAGUCUGCAUCGGCAUCUUCGUCUCCGGUGGCUUCUCUGCCAAGACCGGUCGCUACUGGCCUUGGGUGGUUAUCGGCCCGCCGAUCAGCGUCGUUGGCUUCGGUCUGCUCUACACGGUCGACCAGUACACCUCCAACGCCAAGCUCAUCGGGUUCCAGAUUCUCGCUGGGUUCGGUAUCGGUGCUGCAUUCCAGAUGCCCCUCAUCGCCAUCCAGGUGGAAUACCAUGACCGCGCUUUCCUCAUCCCUCAGGCUAACGGCGUUGUCUCCUUCUUCCAGCUCACCGGCGCCGCCCUCGGUGUCGGAGUAGUCAACACCGUCCAGUCCGUCUUCCUCAACCGCGAGCUCCUCGCGCGCGCCGCUAGCGUCCCCUUUGACCUCAUCCGUCAAUCCCCUACCGCCAUCUACACCCUCGCGCCGGAACUCCAACAAGGCGCGAUCGAUGCGUACACCAAGGCCAUUACCGAGAGCUUUAUCCCGAUCAUUGCGGGUGUGUCGCUCGCGUGGAUCUUUGGGCUGUUUAUCAAGAAUGAGAGUACGCUAGGGAAGACGGUGGAUGGCGGGAUCGCGGCUUAG